UGACAGAUAGAAACAACAACUUUGCCAAGUUUACGAACGUUUCGAGGCGAGCGAGUCCAAGGUUCAAACGUGAAUUUUAUUUAACUGUAAAGUUUUGCUGAAACUAUUAUGUUCCCAUUGAGGUUAUUAGGUACUGCCAGGCGUAUACUGCCUACUGCUAGGAGCCUGUCAUCUAAAGGUCCCCUGACGGAUCUGUCAGUGGACAAUGAUGGCAUUGCUACGCUUACCAUGCAGCGGCUGCCCGUCAACAGUCUAAAUCUUGAACUUCUACAAGAAUUGAGCAAAGCACUUGAUGAAGUGGGAAAGAAUAAGUCGAAGGGAUUGAUCAUUGCAUCUGCAUCUCCUACUGUAUUCUCAGCCGGUUUAGACAUCACAGAGAUGUAUAAUCCAGAAGAGCAGAGGAUGACUGCUUUCUGGUCUACGCUGCAAGACUUCUGGUUGAAACUGUUCGGCUCACCCUACCCCACAGCUGCCGCUAUUAGUGGGCAUGCCCCAGCCGGCGGCUGCUUGAUUUCGAUGAGUUGUGAAUACAGGGUGAUGGUAAACGGCAAAUUCGGGAUCGGCCUCAACGAGACGGCGCUAGGCAUCGUGGCCCCGCGUUGGUUCAUGGACACCUUGUGUAAUGUUAUCCCGCAGAGGCAAGCUGAGCUGGCCCUCACUACUGGUCGGAUGUUCUCCGUUGAUGAGGCGUUAAAGGUCGGCCUAAUUGACGAAACGGCGUCGGACAAAGCAGACGCAAUCGCAAAGUGUAAAAAAUUCAUGGCAAAAUUCGAGAACAUUCCCCCUGCGGCCCGUAGCUUGACCAAACAAAAGAUUAGAAUGGACCCCAUCAUACGCCUUGAAAAGACGAGAGAGGCUGACUUAAAUGAAUUUAAAACGUUCUGCAAAUUGCCCCAAGUACAAAAAGGUUUGGGAAUGUACAUACAAAUGCUUAAACAAAAAGCAGCUAAGUAAAUAUGAAAUGUAUUUGAAUAUCCUAUGUAAUAAUAUGUGUAAGUAGGAAAUUACUUGCUGUUUUAUUGUAUUCAAUAUUGUUAGUUUUAAAAGUAAUUGAAAUUAACUAUCACAGAUUUUUGUAAGUAAUCUUUGUAUAAUGUUUUUUUAUUAAAAUAAUCUUAAAUUAAUAUGUAUUACUCAAUUGAGCCCCAUCGUAAAAAAAGUUUAGUACAAAGAGAAGAGAAUUAUUUUGUAAGUAAGAAUUGUUUUAUGCAUCCUUAUUAUGAUGUUUACUGUUAAAUAAACAUGAAUAAAAUUUACCAUAAACUUUUAAAA